UAAAAGGAACCGUAGACUGUUGGUCAGACCUUCAGUUAACGGAAAUCGCGCGUAUCGUUCGAAUCGGGAAAACCAAACACCAAAUAAGUUCUGUGAAGUGGAUAUUAAUAUAAGAAGAAAAAUCAAAACUAAAAUGAAAACCGUGUAUGGAUUACCCACAGGAGAUUCACUUGGAUAUUUGGGAAAUUCUGCUAAACCCUACUCAUCGCUUCCCUACAAUGGAUACAGUAGCAAGGGAUACUCUUCAUUGACCAGUGGAUUAAAAUCAUCCAAAUAUGGUGCUGAGAAGGAUAAUGUAACGGGAAGAGUUAAAAAAUUGAAACAGAGGAAACAAUCUUCAACAGAUAAAAUCGAUACUCCUCUAUACAAGAAAAAAGCGUUUGAUUUUACCGACUAUGCCUAUCGAGAGGCAGUGAAUAGACUCAAGUUCCUUUUAACCGAGGCUUACGAGCCAACUAAGUUGGCCACAUCGAUAUAUUAUCGCGGGGUGGACGAUGUUAGAUCGGAAGCAUCGGACAAUCAGUCGAUCGUCGAAAGGCCCUCUAUCACAGAAGUGUCUAAAUAUUUCAGUCCUGGCACUGUAUCCCGAUACCAGACCGCGGCAAGUGGAGUCAACCGACGAUAUAGUUUCUUGAACAAAGACUUCGCUGGUACAAGUGCAGCACUUAAGCCGGCGUAUUCCACAGCAAGUAUUCAUCCAGCUCCAUCAGUUUGCAGUGUUUCACAAAAUUUGGAAGUAGCUCAGCCACCUCCAGAGUUACUAGGAUUUAUUGAAAAACAGGAAUCUUAUAUUGAGCAGUUGGAAAAGGAGUCGCAGUAUUGUCGAGAAGAACUUUCAACAUUGUUGAAAAAAGUUAAGGACGUAGUUUCGGAGAAUGAAGCCCUUACGAAUCGAGCUCGUUCGAAGGCAAUCUAUCAGAUUGACUCAUCGGAAAGCGAAGAUUUGGAUCUAGAUAGAAUCCGAGAGAAGGGCAAACUAUCGGGCCCGAACAUUGUGUUCGAGUCGCGAAUUAGCGAACUGGAAGCCCAACUGGCUCAAUCGCAGAUCGACUUGAAGAAGUUAUUCAACGAAAAUGAAGAAAACAAACGUAAAUUGAUGCAAGGGUCGGGUGACGCCAGCUGUGCUGAUGUGUAUCGGAAGCAAGUUGAAAAUUUACAGAGGGAUAAGCACAAUCUCGAAGAAAAUGUUCGUAAGCUUCAGAUGAGCAUUGAUCAGCUGAAAGACUCAGAAGCGACGAAUUUUUCCAAAUCACAAAGAAGCCGAGAUAUGAUCGAGCAUGUUGCUUUCGAACGAAAUCAGGCAGAAAUUGAAAUUCGACGAUUGAAGGACGAGUUGGAACGGCAGCACGAACGGGUGCGCGAAGUUCAACACGAAAUGGCAAAGCGACUGUCUGAGGAGCGAGCCAAUGCCGAGCGACGGUACACGUUCCAGGUGGAUCAACUCGGUGGAGACCUGAGCAGCCAAUGGGAACAAGCGACGAAACUACAGCUGGAGGUCGAACGCAUGAAACGCAUCGAGUCGGAUUAUAAACGAGAACUUAAUCAAAAGAAUUCCCAGAUCGAUGAAUUGAAGAUGGAGCUGAAAAAUAAAACGGCGAUCUUCAUGUCGGAUCUCAAUCAAGCCAGUGCGGAGAAACAAUCACUCGAACAGGAGAUAACUUCAUUGAGACUGCAACUGGAACGCGCAGAACGUCAAUCAAAAGUUGAGGUUUCCCGCCUGAAUGCGGAAAUAACUUCUCUUCGUCAGCGGUUGGAUCGUUCCGAUGCCGACUUGCUCCAUUCCAAACGGGAAAAUCUGAAACUAUCUGAUGAAGUUGCCUCACUCGAAAAAGAGCUUACGUUGGGAGAGCUCAACAAAGAAACACGUCCGUCCAAAGAAUUGGCUAAGAUAAUUUCCGACAUGGAAGCAAAACACGCCGCUACUGUGUCAGAGCUCGAGGGCAUGGUUCAAGAUCAGAAACAGCUCAUGGACAAACUAACUGCAGAAUGCAAAAGCUUAACGCAUAAGUUAGAGGACACGACACUGCAACAUAAAAAUGAAAAAAAGGAGUUAAGACAAACCAAUAAUGAACUGAUGGAGCGUCUAAAGCAAGUAUGGGCCAAUUACAAAGAAAUCAGUCCAGCUUUCCAAAAACGGAAGUAUAUCACCGAACAGCUGGAAGCAGAUUCAAACCUUUCAUCGGCUUCGAAUAACGAAUCUGAGCUCCUAAGGUUGUAUCACGACCCGGUAGUACCACCGCCCAUUACGCACCUGGUAAGAUCUCACGACCCGAAUCACAGAUAUCCGAUAGACAAUACGCCUCCAACCGACAACACCCCAAUGCCCAGCUGUCCCGUACAAACUCCAUCAACGAUUAUACUGAACCCAAAGCCAAUAAAUACGCUGAUGAAAAACGAAGUGAAUCACGGCUGUCGCGAGCAUCGAUCCCCAAUGAGGAUUCUGCGCCCAAAUUGCAAGGAAAGGAGCAGGAGCUUGGACGUUCUGACGCAGAAAGAACGUCCCGAGCAAGUGACAAUACAACAGCUAAACAGGACGGCACCGGCAGUAGCGGUCGGUUAUCACGGGAAUCCGUUGCAUCUAGACAAUCGACCCGGCCACCACCUAGCGGUUACACAGAGCCACCAAGUCAGUAUGCACCAGAAUCAGGACGAACCGAAUCCGUGGAACAGUAUCAACCAGUUGAUCAAUACCCAACACAACAGGGAGAUUCGGAGCAACCCUACCAACCACCUGACGAGACUGCCCAAUACGACACAUCUCAAUACGAUCCAUCCCAGCAAUACGAUCAAACUCAGUACGAGGGAUAUGGAGAGCAACAAUAUGCUCAGGAACCAUACGACCAACAGGGUUACGAACAGCAACAACAGUACCAGGAUUAUCAACAACCAUAUGAGGCACAGCAGUACUCCACUGAGCAAGUAUAUGAUGAACCAAGUUACUCCACCGGGCAGCCCGCACAAUCUCCAACCCAACCACCUGCAACAACACCAACAAACGCACCAGCCCAGUUGCAAGAACAAACAGAAAGCAGCCGAAAUGUGGGCUAUGCACGUUCACGAGGCCCUCCCGCAGCCUCUAAUGGAUCCAAACAGCCCCAGUACAAGCAACCCACAGGACCUUCAAACAAGUAGAGGCUAUUGCAACAACAGCUUACCACGCCAGUUGCCGGAAACUUGCCUUUUCCAACCAAUUGAGUCCUAUCCCAGUCUAAGCAUAAGCAGCCCCAGUUUGUUCGGUGCUAGUCCCGAUUCAAGUUUAACACCAUCGCCAACGUCCACAGUGCUCAAGAACUACAAUACAGCUAGCCCUAAUCCACAAUAGAACUGAUACUUAUCUUUCAACAUGCAAAAUAUGCAAGAGAUAAUUUAAAAAAUAAGCAUGCAUACUAUAGUGUACGAAGUUUAACAUUGAUCAAACGGUAAUUGUUCUGAAAUGGUUGAUAAAAUAAAAUAAAAACGACAGGAAUUUAUUGGCUAUAAUUCAUUACAAAAUUACUACUACUAGUAUACAGUGUCUGGCCACCAUGUUUGUGUUUGGUGAAGUGGCAAAUAAUAUUUUAGUGAAUUACACCCUCAAACCAUACCCACAAAUAUCCAUCACAAGCUCUAGCUCCAAAACCAUUCCCCCGACAAUUAAACGCCCAGCAAUAGGCGAUAGACACAUAGCGGCACCCCUAUAACCUCCCUGAAGAAGGCCCAAACCAAGGGUCGAAACGUCGGAUGUUGUAGAAUCACUCCGCUUUAUAAAUUCUAUGACCAGAAAAGCCAAAACAGAGGGAAAAUUCCUAACUUAACUAAAUGUGAACCAAUCUGGCUAUACUUUGUGGGGUUUUAAAAUAAGUUUAGGCAAUAAAAUUGUUAUAUUGAACUGGUAUAGGAUGUUGCACAGUUUAGUUAUGUUUCAUAAAUACCUAUCGACCACCGGGGUAAAUUAAUCUGUGUAGGUUGUGCCAACUUCUGCUUUUGGUAACAAUUUCAAUAAUUCAGAAACUAUGAACAUGUAAAAGCGAAAUCUAAGAUACAUUAUAGUUGUGAAAGCAGCAAAAUUAAUAUUUCAUGAAAAAUAGCUUCCAAAUAGGUUUUAAAAAAAUGUCUAGUAAAGAACACUUUAUGAGAGAUUUCAAAAACAUAUUAAACCAUACCAAAGAGAAAAUGUGAAAUGCAAAAAUGACAACGACAUAUUUUAUUUUUCCACUGAAAUUUUCUCGUUAACAAUGUGAAAUUCUCUUGGUUUGUGCAACUGUAAUGUUUUUAGUAUGUACCUUGUUUUGUAGAAAUCAAAUAUAAAUUAUUUAAUCGGUUGAGAAGAAAUUGCAAUAUGGUGCAACAGAUUAGAAGCAUUGAUUAAUUUGUCCUCGGAUUAUGGAAUCGAUGGUAUUCAAACUCCCGUUUACUGUCAUUGAUCAAAGCGUUAGACUUUUGUGCCGCCCGAUACUUACCUUAUUAUGCCUAUAAAGCACGAGAGGGAUUAAAUAUUUAUGCCACCUUG